AUGUGGAUUCUAUCGUUUUGGUUGUUUCCUGUUUGCUCAGGCUGCAUGUGGCUAGGUAUGAGCCUCGCUGAUAUUUGGACGCCAUGUACUCAUAUCCUUCUAGCUAUGUUAGUAGCCAUGCUUUCCAGUUGGGCGGCAGAGGGAAAGCCUAUAUAUUCCACGAUGACUGACGGAUUGGCAAUUACAUACAUCUCACAUAUCGGUGCCGAAGGGCUAAAGCCUCUGUUUAUUGCAGGCUGUGCAGUUACAGGCGUUUUCCUCGACUUAGCUCUCCUUUCAGAGCGCUGGCUACGGCAUUCAGGUCAACUCGCUCCCAACAAAGGGAAAUUUGACAAGUCUUACGCAAUUGGGUCCAUCCUAUUUUCUUUCACUGGUGCUCUUGGACUUUUGCUACUGGCUAUAUUUGACGUCAAGUAUCACGAUCAUCACAUUACGGAUUCGUGA